GAGCCUUUCGACUCAGUUUUAACGCGCACGGUUUAUGAAACGACAACUGCGCUAUGUUCGCUCGCUAAUUAUUCAUAUCGUAAUUCGUAACCGCUUGUCGCGGCGAAAAUAGCAACAAUCCCGCGAUUUUUAUUUAUUCAAUCACAAUAUAUUUUUUACGCGCCCGGCUCUCGUGUCUCCGCGAAUCUUAAUGGCAGUUAAUCAUAGUUUAUUUUUAACCCAACGUGUGUUAAUAAUUGUGUUGGGGCCUCUGUUUCGUUCUAGUAUUUGAUUGAAUCGCGUUUGCGGAAGCGAUUCGGUGCGUAAAAAAUUUGCGAACAUUGAGUUUGUUCACCUACAGACCCAGUUACAGAGAUAAAGUUUAUAGAUUAAAUACUUUUUGGUCGGCGACAAUUGGCGCGAAAGAUUCAAAAGUUCCGAUUUUGAAAACACCGGCGGGAGCGCGGGGCUGGAAGCGGGACGAAAUUUUGAAAAGUGUUGAGCAUACAUGAAAUGCCGCGAGUGUUUUUUUAACGCGUUUUCGAGGCUAAGCGCUAGUUGUUUGAACAAGUGUGUUUUCUAAUGGAUUUAUUUUGAGAUUGUAUUCAAAACAUUGGACCCGUAUCGCUUCAGUCAUUUCAAGAGAACGACCAAGGUGUGCCGCUGGGUGCCGUUUGUGGUCACUGACUUUUACUAUUAUAUAUUGAUCAUUGUUGUGUAGUGAUUCAUAUUAUUUGUGAUAUCUGGAUGUGUCUCCAGCGAGAUGAAGACGAUAAUCAUAAAAUAGAUGAAACGAGACCAAUGGUGCAACUACCUCUUCUGGGUCCGGAGCCAGCUCUAAACUCAAGUCCGGGUGGUGCUGCGAAGCCGCCGCCACUCAACUCCUUCGAGCUGGACCGCUGUUUGGACAGAGACGAGUCCGGGAGGUGGGGCGACGCGGCGCGGCGUCGCCGGCGCAGCUCGCCCCCCCGCCGCUCGCCGCCACGGGAAAAUGAGCCGCUUUCAUUGGCUAGGGCCUCCGCCCCCACAUCCCCAACCGGCGGCUCCACACAAUCGAGCCCCGCGCCCGCGUCCCCUGCCGGCAGCGGCACCGCGCCCCGCUCCCCUCUGCCCCUGGUGGCCCCAGACCUGCUGGCGAUGCAGCUGCUCGACCAGCACUCGCAGCUGCAGGCGCUGAUGAAGCAGCGGCUGUUCCACCAGCAUCAUAUGCAGAAACAGCACAUGUCAUCCGAGGCAGCCAAGCGCUUAGAGCAAUCUCGGUUGCAGGACCAGAUAAAUCUGAAUUUGCUCUCACAAUCCCACCUCCAGCCUCCAGACAGUUCACCAGGGUCUCUCCAGCAGCAGCUGGGAGCCCAGCAGCAGCAGCUCGUGCAGCAGCUGCAGGCUGUGCAGCGUCAGUACUUGAUGCAUGCACCACUUUCUGUACCACCAAACGCGCCGCCUGGUUUAAUGCUAUGGGGUAGUGAAAUAGAAGAGCACCCUCUAUACGGAAGGGGUGUGUGCAAAUGGCCCGGCUGUGAUGCUCUGGCCGAAGAUUUUCAAGCUUUUUUAAAGCAUCUGGAAGCAGCCCACACGCUGGACGACCGCUCUGCAGCUCAAGCCCGCGUGCAGAUGCAGGUGGUCGCUCAGCUCGAGCUGCAGCUGCGCCGCGAACGGGACCGCCUUGCGGCUAUGAUGCGGCACUUGCAUGCAGCUCGCGACUCGCAUCACCAUAAGAUGCCGCAUGGGGGUGCUAAUGAAGGAGCUUCUCCAGGCCCUGUACGGCGUCGUGUGUCUGACAAAUCUGGUGUAGCUAUAGCAGGAGAAAUACAAAGGAAUCGUGAGUUUUACAAGAGCGCUGAUGUGCGUCCGCCUUUUACUUAUGCGUCGUUGAUUCGUCAGGCCAUCAUAGAAUCUCCAGACAAACAACUCACUUUGAAUGAGAUUUACAACUGGUUCCAGACCACUUUCUGCUACUUUAGACGUAAUGCAGCUACCUGGAAGAACGCGGUCCGCCACAACCUCUCGCUGCACAAGUGCUUCAUGCGCGUGGAGAACGUUAAGGGCGCGGUGUGGACUGUAGACGAGGUGGAGUUUUACAAGCGGCGGCCGCAGCGCGCCGCGCACGCGCCGCCGCUGCACCACGCGGGGUUUAUGGGUGCUCAAAGUCCACCAAUGAUGACAAGCCCUCACGGCUACAGCGAGGCUUUGAAACGAAAUCUUCAGGGUAUGAUGGAAGAUUGCAAUCUAGCAUACAUGUCUACGGAUGAUCAUAUGAUGCAGACAGAAGAUUACCAAUCUUCGCAUGAGGAUUAUAGCCGGCCUCCAAUAAUGAACGGCUACGGCAACAGCAGUUCGUCUCACGACGUCAAAGCCGAAGAUCUCAGCGGCAACGAGGCACAGGAUAUUAAACCUAAUAUUUAUGCUCUUAAGAAUGAGAUGCAAGCUUCCGAUUAUACUAAUAAGGGAGACUACUCAAAUUCCACUAAAGAAACAUCGAGCAACCGUUCAAGCGAAACCAGUCCAUACAACGAGUAUCGUCCUGAAGAUAGAUACCGCGCUCUUUCGCACAUUAAGGACGAAGCAGAGAAUCUGUCGCUCAAUGAACAGAGGAAUGACAAAUAGACGGAGAAAUAGACAGAGAAAUAAGAAAUAGACAGAGAAACGACAAAUAGACAGACGGAGAAUAAAGAAACAGAAACAACAAAGUUAUAGACAUUUAUGAAUAGACAGACAGAGAAACAAUAAAUAAAAAAGAGAAACGACAACAACAAAUAAGUAGAGAGUUAUUCCAGGGAUUAUUAUAGUAUCCCCCAAUUUCCAAGUGAGAAAUCAUCGAAGUGAAUUUUUAACGGAAUUUAUGCGUAAAUUCGAAUUUUAUAGAAAAUUUUGAAUUUCCAAGCAAUUUCUCGUUUUUACGUAGAAUUAUCACAGUACAUUUACGGGUGUAGUUUUAGACCACGGUGUAAAUGUGUUCAAAAUGAGCGGUUAAUAAACCAAAAAACAUUUCUUUUCGCCCGGUUUUAACGGGACAUCGAGUAUUAUAGUUUUAUUUCUAUUAAGUUUAUAGCUAUUUUGAAUUGUUAGUUGUUAGAUUAGGGAUCGAAUUGGGAUAUUCGCGCUACCCUAAAAGGUUCAUAUCAAUAUUGAAAUAUUUAAAAGUAUUUAAUCAUUAUUUGUAACGAGUAAGAACAAUAAGUAGUUCUAUUUGUAAGUUAGUACGUUCACGCAUAGCGUUUUGGUUGGUUAUACAGACGCAUUCCUUGUUAGAUUUUUUGUACUCAUUUUUUUUUAUUAAAAAAAUCGUACUCUCAUACUAACAAGGAAUAUGGAUCUCAAAUAUUUACAAUAGUUCAAUUAAUGUAACGUUUGAUAAUUUUCAUUGUAUACGGAAUUGAUUAAAUGAUCUGACAUUUUUUAUUUUUAUUCUAUUUUGUAAGCGUGCCAUAGUGUUGCCGUGGUACUAUUGAAAAUAUUUUGUGAUUUUUGUUUUCUGUUUUUUAUAUAGGGUGUACAUAUUUAUCGUGAUGCGAUGUAUAAUAAGUGAUAAGGUAAGUUCAUUUAAGCGUUUACUUAACAUAUAUUGCAUAUUAAAUCGUUCAUGUUGUAGAGAAUUUAGGAACUUAGAAAAUUUGUAUUUAGUGAUAUGCGAUACGUUUUUUUGUGCAUUUUUUGGUUGAUGUGCAUUUAUUAAGGUAUUUCCGAAUAUUAAAUAUAAAGAGGGUGGAAAUCAUAUCACAAUAUAUAGAUGUAAUAGUAGAACAGCUUUGAUGAAGGCAUUUAAAGUAGACAUUCGAUAUAGCACAAAGUUUUCACCAUUGAUUAAAUAUAAUAAUUAUUAUUACUAUAGUACAUGACGAUUUUGGCUUUCACUUUUAAACGAGAAAAUUAUGAGUAUUGUUAUUGUGUAUUUCACAAAAAAUCCGUAAAGCGCACACUUUUUUUUUGUAAAAAAAUUAAGUAUUUUUUUUACAUUCUUGUUUACAAAUUGUAUAGGUACAUACAUGUUAUUUUUUUAUGCCAAGAAGUAAUUUUAUACUGAAGUUAUUUUUGUUAUUUGCAAUGUAAAGGCACGGAAAAAUAUAAAUAUUUAGUUUUGUUUUUUUUACAAAUUUGUUUUUUUUUUAUGUGUUAAGUCAAUAUUGAAAUGAUGUCUUUGAAGAAAUUUGCAAUUAUUGUUCUAUUACAUAACUAAUGUAUGUAACGGUGCAUUUACAUCAAACGAACAUAGAGCUAGAGCAAUACCAUUCUUUCAUGAUCUUUUAGUGUAAACGAAAACUCGUAUUCAGUGUUCAUUGCAUAGAACCUUUACGAACGCUCUAAGAACAGCAAAAGAAUGCUCUACGCCUGUUUACACUAAGAGACUGACAUACUGGGCUUAGAAUGAGUAUUCGCUCGUUUGAUGUGAAUGCACUGUAAAACAAAUGUUUAUUUUUUGUGUAAAGUUUCAAUAAUUUGGCGGGAAAGUGUGCGCCUUUUAUUUCAGUACAAACGACUAUAGAGGAAUUGAUUGCGUACAAUAUUAUUAUUUAGAUAAUUUAUUUUCCACUGUAUUCCGUGUAUAUUUUAGGGUUUCAUUUUCCUAAGUGAUAAAAGACAAAUGCCAGUUUCUAGCUAUUAUAAGCCGUUUCGUACCAAAUAGGCAUUUUAUGUAGAUUAAAAAUAGGAAUAACUGAUGUUUUAUAGUCGUUACCUAUCGUGGUUUCGUCGUUCAUUGAUCAUUGUAAAUUAAACUUAAUAUUAAAUACUUAAUUAGUGUUGUAUUAAACCAAAUUAUUACAAAUAA